AUGAAGGAACAGUGCGAGAACGGCAAUACGCGUGGUAAAAUAAAGCGGGAAUCAGCUCUCGGGCGGGACGGCGCCGGCCCGAGCGGAGCGCGUGGCGCCCACGCAGACAGCUCUGACAGUGGCGGUGACACCGACGUGAGCGAUGACGAACUCGAGGAGAUCGUCUCCUCCAGCGGAUCCGAGGAGGACUCCGACAACUUGAACGCCAAGGACAGUAGCGACGAGGAGGAGUCUGACGCGGAUCCCGCAGGCUCGGAUGCUGGCCCAAGUACACGCAAGCGCAAACGUGACACGAAAGCGAAGCGCAAGUGGAGCGACGAGGAGCUUACUGCACUGGCGGCCGCUAAGUGGUACACUCGCGAUGAUCUGAAGCAGAUGCGUGGCAAACAAGGCAAUCAAUAUUGGAAGAAGCUCCACGCACACAUGAAAAAGAGCGGCGCAAAAUGGAAGCGCAACAGCACCGCCAUGCAACACGCAUGGAAGCGUCUUGAGGCAGAGUACCGUGACACUCUCCGCCACAACGGCACGUCAGGGAAGGCGCCCAAGCGGAAGAAACCCUGGUUCGAGUAUGUUUACCUCAUUAAGAAGCUCCCUGCCAACCGUGCCCGGGUCAACGAGACCGCCACCAUGGCGGCAGCCACAGUCAUCGCCGACACAAUCAACGGUCAGGCGUUGCGGCAGCUUAGCGACACGGUGCAACUCCUCGUGACAGCCAUCCACAUGGCUGCCACGCUGUGGAGGGUUCCGCCUCCACAACCCCAGCACGUGGCGCCGCCGCCGCCCGCCAAUGCGCACGCCCUCACAGUCACGCCGGGCAACGAAGACUCGCCCGCCUUAGGCGAAGAGGCUGUCGACGUUCCCCACGAUGAGGACGAUGAGGCGCGCGAUGACAGGAAGUCCGACUAG